GUUGGGGCUCCCACGCGAGCAUGCGGGCACACUUGGAUGAUCAGGCCUCCGGCUCCUUGCAGGGCGGCAUCCCGAGCACCUACCUGACGGCCCGCAACCUGGACCUUUGCAGUGUUUGUGGCCUCACGGCAUGCCAACGAAAGCAGGGAGGGUGGCAGCUUGCCACCGUUGCAGAUCGCAAUUCGAUGACUGCAUGGGCUGAGCUUUGCAUGCUGCCUAAAGCCGUCCUGCGGCCUCCGCCACGGGGAGGGGCCCACCGUCAACUACAAACCUGUGCCUUCACCCAGCGUCGCUGCGCUCGCUGGCUCGAAGGAGAACGGCACGAGCUUUGGGAAAUCAACCGGCGGGGGGGGCCGCCCGUCGCUUUCGCCCCAGCAGUGCGGACAGCGAUGAUGACACUGAUGAGUCCCUCGACACUGGGCGGCAAGCCCGUUGCAUGGCCUUGGCUGCAGAGGGGGAACUUUCUCGGGCUUGCGCUUCGCUUGUUGACCCGCUUCUUCUGGAAAAAAAAAGCUGUUGUCCUUGCAGCUCUCCGGGCGAAACACCCCACCGCCGCCCCAGCGCGGCCAAGUUUGCUUGGAUCUGGGCCUUGCCCCGCCGGAUCCACCCCGGACUUUUCCGUCGAAGAUGUCGUCAGGGCUGCCCGCAGCUUUCGCUGUGGUAGCGCUGCCGGCCCGUCUGGCCUUCGUGGGGAACACUUGCGGGAGGCCUUGGACAGCGCCCAUGACGAUGAAGUUGCAGCCCACCUCACCCGAGUUGCGCAGCUGCUGGCGCGCGGAGAAGCCCCCCUAGAGUUGGCCCAGCACCUCGCCGGCGCCACUCUGCACGCCCUGCCCAAAGGGGCCGACGAUAUUGGCGUGGCGGUCCCACUUGGGUCUGAAGCAGCGGUGCAUUGCUCCCGGCACUGGGUCCAUGCCAACCGUAGCAACCCCAACAAAGUUUUCCUGAAGUUGGAUUUUGCGAAUGCUUUCAACACGGUGGACCGUGCAGCCUUGUUGAGGGAGGUGCGCCUCCGGCUCCCGGCCCUUUCCCCGUGGGCAGAGUGGUGCUACAGCCAUCACACAAAGCUGCUCUUCCAAGGAGAGGUUCUCACUUCAGAGGCCGGCGUGCAGCAAGGAGAUCCACUUGGUGACUGCGCGGCUGUCAGUGCUGCUGUGGGCCGGUUGGUGAACGCGGCGCGCCAGCUUGGGCUCCAGCUUAACGCCAGCAAGUGCGAGCUCACGACCCUGAAUGGCCCUCAGACCAACCUGGAUCCCAGCCUUUUCCCAGCCGGUUUCCAAGUUAACGAUACCGGAGAAUUUGUGCUUCUCGGGGCCGCGGUCGGGAGCCCCGGCUUUUGCCACCAGCACACGUUGCAACGGGCAGAGAAAACCAAGCCCCUCCUGCAAGCUCUGAGCAAAUUAGCCGACAGUCAGACCGCGCUGCUGCUGCUACGACAUUGUGCUUCGUGGUCGAAAUUGGUCUAUUCCUGCCGGGUCACCCCGCCGCCUUUUCACCAGGAUGCCUUGCAGAGCUACGACGCUGCGGUUCUUCAGUGUCUUGAACUUUGCUGCUCGGGGCCGCUCACCCCGUCAGCCUGCAUACAAGCAUCCUUAUCCACGAAAACUGGUGGCCUUGGCCUCCGAAGCGUGGUUCGUCACAGUGGGGCAGCUUACACUGCCUCUGUCCUGGCCACGCUUGGGACCUGCUCCCUGAUCCUUCAGCAAUACAGCCCAAGCUUGGACGCCAUCAUCUCCAACUUGAAUGGAACGUUGCUUGCUGCUGACCAUGUUCCUUUCCCACCGCCGCCUUCCCUUCGACAACAGGAUUUGUCACGGGCGGUGGAUCGGAACACGGCGGUGCAGCUUGCUUCUGCCUUAUCUGGGCCUGGGCAUGAAGCUGCGCGAGCACACCUUCAACUUUUACAAGAACCAGGGGCUGGCGCGUGGCUGCAGGCGUUGCCCUGUGCCGCGCUCGGGCUUCACGUGGACAGUGCGCUGUUCCGCAUCAUGGUUCGCCUCCGGCUUCGGCUCCAACUGCAUUCAGAAGAUGCCCCUUGCCGCUUCUGUGAUGGAGUCUGUGACACUUAUGGGGACCAUGCACGAGUGUGCCCCUGCGGAGGUGACCGCACCAAGAGGAUGGCACUCGGCAGGGGAAUGGCCGCCGCCCUGCAGAUGUGUACAUCCCGCACUGGGGCCUUCGGGGGGCCGGCUGCCUUUGACCUGGCCGUCACUUCUGGGCUACGUACUGGUGCAACAGCUGGCUCUGCUCAAGAGGGCGGACGUUCCGCAGCAGAUUACGAGGCGCGCAAGCGUGCUCACCAGCAGACCGAGGCAUCCUGUGACGCGGCGGGGAUCCAGUUUGUUCCACUUGUUGCUGAAGCAUGUGCUGGAGGAUGGGCGCCCACUGCUGUCGCCACCUGGAAACAAGUGGCUCGUGCCGUGGCCGGCCGCGCUGGCGACAGUGCCUCGGUUCUUGUCGACCGACUUCAGCAGUCCCUGUCGUUGACCUUGCAGAGGGAAAAUGCUCGCGCGAUUCUUCGCCGAGCCGGCGACAACCCUUCUGCAGGGGCUUUGCAUUUCGACACUCCUUGA